AUGGCUAAAGCACUUUGUGAACCUCAGUUGGAACUACAGCUUCCCUUGUCUAAUGAUUCUCUUGUGAACACUGCUAAUGAAACUAUUUCCGGGUGUCAAACAGUUGAAAACAAUCAGUUCGUUCCGAAAACACCUGCAGGGAAAGAGUUGAAGAAAGACCCUGGAGUUCACAAAUGUUCAAUUAAUUUAGCGAACAGUUAUGCAGAAGUUAAAGCAACGGAAGAAAAUGCUAACUUGGAAGAAAGUUGUGUUAAAGCAAUGGAAGAAAAUGCUAACUUGGAAGAAAGUUGUGUUCAAACGCUAGACCGUUUCCAGCAUUUAGAAGGAAAAGGAGUUUCCUCCUGCACUAAAAUUGGAAAUUUCCCGAGCCCAAGAGAACUGGCUACCCUUAACGAGGAGCUUUUAGCAAAACGGUGCCAUCUAGGCUAUAGAGCAGGUCGUAUUUUGAAGCGUGCUCGAGAAAUAGUUGAGGUUGGCAGAGAAAAGCUGAAAGUUAUAGAUGGAUUUGGAUCGUUUACUUGUGCUAAUGUUCUGAUGUGCAUGGGAUUUUACCAUGUCAUUCCAACUGAUUCAGAAACUAUUAGGCAUCUAGAACAGGUUCAUGCCAAAAGCUCAAAAAUUCGGACAGUUCAAAGAGAUGUUGAAGUGAUUUAUGGGAAAUACGCACAAUUUCAGUUUCUAGCUUAUUGGUCAGAAGUGUGGCAGUUUUAUGAGGAAUGGUUUGGCAAGCUAAGUGAGAUGCCCCCUUCUGGUUAUAAACUUAUUACUGCUGCUAAUAUGAGGCCAAAAAGAAAUGGAAAUAAUAAGAGGAUUAAGGUACCAUUGGAAACUAUUUAGUAAUAAAAACAAAGGGAAGUAUGAUUUAUGCUCUUUUGUAUCAGUCCAUACCUAUUAUUUAUAUACUGUAAACAAAAUUUGGUGUGAUAUUUGUCAUUUUUCUCUUAGUAAUC